GCUAUCGCCACCACCACUACUGAGCCGAGCGUCCGGAGAGACGCGUGGGCAGAAGAGUGCGCGAUUGGCAACUCUUCAGAAAAGUAUGACUGAAAAGACAUUACAGAGCGGCUGCGUGCACGCACGGACUCGACUGUGAAGCAGAAUCGGAAUGCCUCACGACUGCGACCGCAUCACGACAUUGGAAUACAGAGCGGAGGGAGAGGAGGCAACGGGGGGCGAGGAGGGGGAACUCGCGCGCGGGCGCGCGCCCCGCGGUCGCUCUCGACGGCGGCGGGCCAGGGAUUCCGAGCGCUGGGCGCGGCCGGCGACCGCGCCACCCGCGCAACUGUGGGGCCGCCCGCAAAUGCUCACGGAACUGUGGGAGCCGAGGAGUCGUGCGGAAGAGGAGGAGGAGGAGGAGGAGGAGGAGGAGGAGUCCUACUCCCCCGCGCGGGGCAGCGCCGCCGCGGCGCAAUUGCCCCCCAGGGCGCCGUUGAGGUCCACGGCGAGCCAUCCGCGUUCGUCGUCGAACCGCACCGCCCGGUCCCCCCCGAUGCCGGCCUGAGGCGCCUCCGCGGGGUGCAGCUCCGCCU